AAAUCGCGAAAAAUGACAUACAUCGGCAGAUAAGCACGUAAAUAGUUCAAAAGGAAUUGUUGAAAACGUAUAUUGAUGGUCAUAUUGGAGGAAUCAUCGCAAUAAACGUAUGCGUCCCUAAGAAACGAAACCGAUCAUUAAAAGUCCGGCAUUUACAAGCGUUUUGCUAACAUCGAAUAAACGUCAACAAUGUCGUCAGAGGAGGUAUGAGAUCGAGGAAUUCUCGUUAGAUUCUAAAUAUACUCCAUCUGAGAAGGCCUCGUCGAUCAUGGAAGAAAAAGCAUUGGCAUAUUUUGCAUCUGUUAAUCCACUCGCCAAGAAAGUUAUUCACGAGACUCAAUUAGCGAAGAACAUUUUGAAUGAAGAGUGGGAUGGACUGGAUUGGAAGAAACAGGAAGAAGCACUUGACGCUUUUUUCGUUGACCGAAGUGUUCGGGAGAAAUACGUUACCAACACAAAAGACAAUCAUUAUGCCGUAUCUUUUCCAAAAUUAUUCGUCCAAUCUGGAGAAAAAAUAAUCGUAGACAUGGACAGUGAUAUAUGGUCCUGGCAAGAUGUGCAUUCAGCUCCCUUUUCAUGGCGGUCAAAGAGUCAACAAGACCUAACACUGUCAGACUUGGACCCAGAAAAGCUUUCCAAACCUCAGCCUUCUAAAGGAGCUGGCAAGUCAAAGACAGGACAAGAAAAUGAAGAGCGACCUACAGCCCCACCAGAAUUUCUCUACCACACCAAUCCCAGUAUCUGGGAAUCUGACAAGUACAAAAAUUGGAAAUCUGAUCCGAAUAAUUUUAUAUUGCCAGAAAUCAAAGAUACGUAUUACAGUGGUCAUGGUAACGUGAGGGAUAGCUGUGUCUCAGAUGUUUUACAGCCUUCUCUUACUGAUGACAAACCUACAGAAAAUCAAGAGCAGGAAAUAUCACAUACAGCUCCCCAACCCAUUAAAAAACUUCCAAAAAAGGCUUCAUCAAAAUCUCCUGUUGCUACCAGAUUGAAACUGUCUUCCUCAUUCUCAAAACGUCGACAGGAAGAGGAACAAGAACUUGUUACUGAUGAGGUGUCCAAAAAGGAAUUUCCCAAAGCACACAAAGACAUAGAAAGUAAUGCUUUUGAUAAUCCUGCAAUGAAUAUCCGAGGACAAAACCUGAUGGAUGAGGAGACAGAAAGCAUUAGUAGUACAACCUCAUCACCGUCGAGGAAACCGUUGUUAAGGGAGCCUAGGGCACAGAUGAUGGAGCGGGAGGAGCAGACGGACCUGCUUGAUGGUGCCAAGAGGACCCUUGACCUAAACGAUGAUCAGGCAGGGCUACUAGAGGUCACUGAAUUCCAUGGCUCAGUCUUGUCUGGAUCAGACAGGGUUGUGUUACGAGAGUCGGAGGUGUCAGCAGAGCGACCCGACUCAUCUGUUCCUAUGACUGGAUUCACAUUCCUUGACAACUGGUAGUGACUGCAAUGAUAGAACAAUCUUUCACUGCUGGGACCAGUGACUAUUACCAUAUUUAUCUUGCAGUAAAUCCAGGCAUCCAAUGCAUAAAAAACUACCGGUAUAUGAUACAAGGCAGGGGGUGGGCUCGUAAGAGGUCAAUGAAAUAGUAUGUGUUGGCAUCUCCACUGAAACGUAAUUACCAUGGAUGGGCUUAUUACCAGGCAUGGACUUAUUGCUAGAUAGAUACUGCAAUGGUUUUACAGAUCUGGAUUAUUUUUGUGCUGAUGUUGAUGUUAACAUGUUAUUUUCAUUAUUUUUUUUAGUAAAUAAACUUGGCUAAUGUUUGUAUUACAAUAACAAAGAAAUAUAGUUCUAAUGUUUUUGGUAUAGCUUACUUUUUUGCCUUAUCUUGUAGUUACACAAGCUGAGAGAGAGUUGCUCAAUCUGUAGCACUGUAACGUUAUUGUUGGUGUUAGUAAGGUUGUCGGUCACCUCCAUUACACAUCAACUGUUUGGACAUUAUAUAUCCUGGUGAUACUCAUCUUAUCUGAUUACAAUCACAGAAAUAAUGUGUUCUAGAUAUAACACAUAAACAAUAAUGGCCUUUUAACUUGUAGUGCUAUUGCACUAUAAUUGUUGUGUAUUUUUUACAUAUUUAAUCUAAUUUUACUGGAUGCUUUUCACUUCAAGAUCUGAGUAUACAUCUCAUCCUUAAAUCAAUUUGUAACUUCCAUCAUGCCUUUAAAGGAUGCAAAAUUUUGUUGAUCUUUAAGUAUCAAUCUCUUUUAAUACAUUGUGUGCUGUUUGCAUGGUAAUAAAGUGUAUACAAUGAAUUCUGUUUUACUGCCAUCAUAAGUCCAGUGCCAAAUCAUUAUAAAGGGAUUUGGUGAUGUUAAGAUUGUUAGGAAAAAAGGGACAUUGAAAAAUGUAAGUGGUAAGUAAGUUGGCAAGUGAAACUCCAGGCAUUAUAUUGAGGUUUCCUUGUAUAACAUUUAUACAUUGUAUGUACUGUUAAAUUGUAGAUGUACUAAUUUGUUUUGUGAAUAAGUCCUCGCAUUAUUCAUAGAUGUUGUAAAGUUAAUACAUAUGUACCAAAAUAUUUAUGUGGAAAUUCAAGUGUUGUUUGAAAUGCUAUUUAAGAAUGAGGCUUUAAAAGUUUGAGUGGAGUAAUCAGCGCUUUAAUGUGAACCAAGUCCAACACUGUAAAUCACGUCACUAAUCUUCUUAGUAAGUGGAUCACACAUCAGAUGUCGGAUAUAUUUAUUCAUAUGUCUGUAAUGAAUUAAGUAUUUUUUUAGCUUUGAAAAAGGUUAGAUAUGACCAAAUUCAUAUUUGAUUCCAACAUCGGAAAUAUAUUCCGUCUUUGCGUAUUGCGGAGUUAUCUUCUCUUGGGAGCAGGGAUUGAUUGUUACGUCAUUGGUUUGUGCGAGAAAAUUACGUUGUUUUCUCAAAAAUUGAUGACGUUCCUCUCGCAAACAAGUGACGUAACAAUCAAUACCUGCUCCCAAGAUAAGAUAACUCUGCAAUACGCAAAGACGGAAUAGGGACCAUUAUAUACUUAUUCAAAAGCAAACUAAAAAUAACCCGAAGAGUCUAAGAUUUAAUUUAAACCCUUGAAUGGUUUGAAAGGACACAAUAAGUACGUGAAAACAGAGGUUUACAUAGGUUAAAUGUAAAGCAUAUCAUGCAAUCAGUAAUGAAUUAAUGUUCUCACUCGAUAUAAUCCAUAUGUAAGUGUAUAUUUAUACGUCAAAGUCAGUAAUCAAAUGCUCAAAGUCAACAACUUUCAUUAUGGAAUCGGUUUCUUUUUGAUUUUGGAGUGCACUUCACUUUCCCUCCUUACCUUAUGAAGAAGCAAUUGCUUGUUGUGUUUGUUACAAAUUUGCUGAGGCGAUGUUAUUUGGUGCUAUACCCGUACAUGUAUGGUCAGUGUUGUAAUCUUGGUGUCUUGUAUUGAAAAUUAAAGUCUAAGACUAGCACUUGGUCAAGAUCAACUGCUGAUAUACCUGUUUAUACCUCAAAGUGUUGUCAUUGGACUAGAGUUUAGGCUUGAUGUGACAACAUUGAUUCAAACCGGAGACCAGAUGGUUUAUACAUGUACAAGGUGAAGACUACACCAAUCAUCUAAAGGUAAUUUCUGAGAAUGUGUGGUCCAAUUUCAAAUAAGGUUAACAUUCAAUCUGAGUUCCUUGAAACUUCUAAUUCUUCCUACCUGUGCAUUCAUAUUUCAAUUCCUGUAGAUGUUGUGUUCAUAUACAUUAAAUUUUACAUUAUGUGGUAUUUCAUACACGAAAGUUGAAGAGUUGUUAAUGUGUGUAAAAAUACAAUGUAUUCACUUAUAACUAACUUGUAUCUUCUCCAUAUACACCAAACAAAAAAACUGAUAUUCAACUUUGUAGAAUGUGAUCUGAUUCAAGCCAUCAUUAUAACAUAUCAGAAAUCAUUUCUAUACUUUCCAUGAAAUUAAAAAAAGGAAGCUGCAGUUGAACGUAACCAGCUCAACAUGAUGUUACAACAACUACAUGUAACAUGUAUACAAUAUAAUUACCUGGGCUACCAUAACAUGUAUACAAUACAAUUACCUGAGUAAUUACCAUAAAUUACCAUGAUGACAGAUUUCAAUGACAUUUGAAGCAAUAGCAAUGAAGAAACUUAAACUGCAAUAAAAAAUACUAUGUGGUGGAGCAGCACAAUCUAUUUACAUAUAAGCUUUACUCUAGUAGAAUUGUGAAUAUCAUUUUCAUAUACAUAGUAGAAGCAUUACCAGGUACCCAUUACCAGUUGUGAAUAUUAUUUUAUAUUAUAGAAGCAUUGUAAAGUUGUGUAUUAUUUAGUAUCUAUAUGGAUGUGCAAUAAAUAUACAUAUUUCAUAAAUGUAAAA